AUUUCCAGAUUGGACGGACGCCGCGGCGCUGCAUUCUGAUUGGUCCACGCUGGCACCUACAACCCGUGCGCCGACGGUACGGUGCAGCGCAAUUUAGCGGAAGCAUCCUCUAUUUGGACCUCCUCUCGUUUACCCUGGCGAUGGUAGGUUUUCCAUUAAGGGCAAAUCCGAGGGAAAUUUUUCAGAAAGUUUUCCGUUAUUUUGCUUCUCAGGGUAAUAUCUUGCAGAUAUUCGUUUCAGUCGUUGCGGAGUUGCACGUGAAUUUCUCCCCGAGACGCUUUCUGUUUGUUUCCUAGGAAAGUUGAAGUUUCUAUCGGUACUAUACAUUCUCACUGCAUAAUUGAAACACAUUUUUGGGGUUCGUAGUACAAACUAAACUUAAUCUGUAUUACGAUACUGUCCUUGCUCAGUGCUGUUUUCAGCUCAACCCAACAAUGGUUCAUGCUGGCUCUACCCAAUUUUAUCAUAAAUUGGGGAUUCAAAGUGUUCAUAGAUGCAAUAAGUUAGAUAUUAGUGUCAAGGGAAAGACUCGUCUACACCUUGUUACCAUCAUUCCUACAUCACACGGUUUGAGGUAUGAUUCUGGAAGUCUUCAGCUGUUACGCAGUGUGAGUCGCCCAAGGUAUCCUGUGCCUUCCAGAGCAAAUUUUUUUGUGUGUCGAUCUGUUCUGGAAUCAGGUGGCGGAGCUGGGACUGCUGUUCUAAAAUCUGCAGCUGUGGUUCUGACGAGAUCUUAUGGGGCUUUACGUGGAAGUCCUCUGUUACUUAAAUUGAUUCCAGCAGCUUGUAUCAUUGCUUUUGCUGCUUGGGGUGUUGGGCCUCUUAUGCGUUUUGGGAGGGUUCUAUUUCUUCAUGAGCCAGAUGGCAGUUGGAAGAAAAGUAGUACAUACUACGUUACGACUUCUUAUGUUCAGCCUUUACUGCUGUGGACGGGAGCUACACUGAUCUGCAGGGCAUUGGAUCCAGUAGUGUUACCUUCAGUAGCCAGUCAGGCCGUAAAACAACGACUUCUGAAUUUUGUUCGAUCUUUGUCUACUGUUCUGGCAUUCGCUUAUUGUAUAUCAAGCUUGAUUCAACAAGUACAAAAAUUCGCUACUGAAUCAAAUGACUCAAGUGAUGCAAGAAAUAUGGGCUUUGAUUUUGCUGGGAAAGCUGUUUAUACUGCAGUCUGGAUUGCCGCCCUUUCAUUGUUCAUGGAGUUGCUCGGGUUUUCUACCCAGAAGUGGCUCACAGCUGGGGGUCUUGGAACUGUAUUGCUUACUCUUGCUGGUCGUGAGAUAUUUACUAAUUUUCUUUCAAGUGUAAUGAUUCAUGCAACAAGACCAUUUGUGGUAAAUGAAUGGAUUCAGACAAAGAUUGAUGGAUACGAAGUCUCUGGAACAGUUGAGCACGUUGGUUGGUGGUCGCCAACCAUUAUCCGAGGCGAUGAUCGUGAAGCAGUCCAUAUUCCAAAUCACAAAUUUACUGUCAGUAUUGUGCGGAAUCUUACCCAGAAGACUCAUUGGCGUAUCAAGACCCAUCUUGCCAUCAGCCACUUAGAUGUUAAUAAGAUUAAUUAUAUUGUAGCUGAUAUGCGUAAAGUUUUGUCCAAAAAUCCUCAAGUGGAACAGCAAAGGUUACACCGUAGAAUCUUUUUGGAUAACAUCAAUCCUGAAAAUCAGGCUCUUAUGAUUAUGGUUUCUUGCUUUGUGAAAACUUCUCGUUUUGAAGAAUACCUGUGUGUCAAGGAGGCAAUUCUCUUGGAUCUCCUCAGGGUUAUCAGCCAUCAUAGGGCCCGGCUUGCCACGCCAAUUCGCACUGUUCAGAAAAUAUACAGUGAGGCUGCUGACUUGGAAAAUGUACCGUUUUCCGAGACCAUGUAUUCUCCUCGUUCUGGAGCAGCUACUAACCGUCCUCUGCUUCUUAUUGAGCCAUCUUAUAAAAUCAACGGCGACGAUAAAGCCAAAGUCUCUAGUCGUCCCGCUCGCCCAUUGAAUGAAGAAAAGGAAGCCAAGCAAGAGGCAGUCUCAACAUCAGGAACGAAACCCUCCGAUGCAGGAGCUGGAUCAAUGGAUGAUAAAAAAUCAACUUCUCCAUCUGGUGCCACUUCCAAGCCUUCAACAGGGCCAAUGUCCAACACACAGACCCAGAACAAUCUAGCACCCGAAACUUCAGAACAAAGCAGUAUCGAAAAGCCUGAGAUUAAAGGAGAAAAGAAAGAUCUAAUGGGACUGAACUCCAAGGAUACUACACCAAGAGUGACUUCGCCGAAAAGGCCAUCCUCAGCCUCUGAACCCGGCAGCGAGAAAGCUCAUAUUCCUUUCUCUAGCUCGCAGAAUAAACAAGACGGUGAGAAGCUUUCUGCAUCAUCAGUGACCAGGCCACCAUUGGAGGAGAAUAUAGUCCUGGGAGUUGCCUUGGAAGGCUCCAAAAGAACUCUUCCAAUUGAUGAAGAUUUGGAUCCAUCUCCCUUUCACUCUCCUGCAGAUUCAAAAGAAAUGGCCACACAGAGGAAUGGGAGCGAGUUUCCUCCCAAUAGUAAGGAUAUAAAAGAUGGCCAGAUGCCUGCAGUUCCAAGCGCCACGAAAAAUGAUUGAUGAGUGUAGCCAUAGGGAUCGUCUUCUCCCAGUAUGGCCUCCUGAUUUUUGAAGCGAUGCAAAAAUGAAAUGCACGGCUAAAUUUUUAAGCAAGCAUUUUGCAGGCUCGCUAGUGUAAAAAGAAAAAAAUAUAUUGUAUUUUGAACCAAAGGCAUAUCAUUGCCCAAUGGAAGUCUACGCUACGCUGACUCCAAAAAAAUAAAAAGGAAAAAAAAGUUGCCAUUAUCAAUUUUA